AUCCCUUUCCGUAUCGAACAAUGUCAUUGUCAGCAUCCUCUUUAUCCCAACUUGAAUAUCCGGGAAUCUCUGGUCCAGCGUUGGCUGCGCUCUCCUCUCUAACUGCGAGCGAUAUAUUAUGGAUCAAAUCUCUUCCAAAAGCAGAGCUGCAUGCGCAUUUAAACGGCUGUGUGCCGAUUGAGGUGCUGUACGAGAUAGCUGGAUCGUCCUUGAAUUAUUUCUCAUCGGGUCCACCUACUGGUACUGAAGCUUUGAACAACUCUGUUCUCACCCGCACCGAAAUCCUUUCCGGGUUAGAAACUUUAUCAAAUUUCGCUCUAGACGACAUCCACGAGUUUUUCGGCGCGUUCCGCACGAUAUACGCGUUAAUUUCGACGAGGAAGACCUUAGGGGCUGCUACAAGGGCUGUGUUGCAAGGUUUUUUGGAUGCUCCGAAUAAGAGGAAGGGGAACAACAUCAGUGGGUUAGAGGGUGGGUUGACGCCAGACGAUUACCCUGAAUGCACCUACCUCGAGCUGCGCACUACACCACGACGUACACCUGCGCUUUCUCCAAAAGAAUAUCUUGAGACCGUGUUGGAUGAGGUGGAGAAGUACCCAAGGGACAGGGCUGCAUUGAUUGUUAGUUUAGAUCGCAGGAUGGGGGUGCGUAAAGAGCUUGCAGCCGGAGAGGAAAGGAUAACAAUUGAAGACACAAUUGACCUUGCUAUACUGUUAAAAAACUCGGGUAGGAGAGUUGUUGGCGUAGAUCUAUGUGGGGAUCCUUUAGCAGGUGAUAUGUCCCUCCUUGAACCGUUUAUAGCAAAAGCCAAAUCAGCUGGGUUGCGUGUUACGUUGCAUAUUGCUGAGACUCCAGGUAACUCAGCCGCUGAUACGCUCCAGCUCCUUUCAUAUGCCCCGAAUAGACUCGGCCAUGCGACAUUCUUGGAUGAACAAGCGAGGGACCUAGUGUUAAAGGACCGGAUGCUGGUUGAAGUGUGUUUAAGUUCGAAUAUCAUAUGUAAAACCGUUCCCAACCUCUCCUCACACCAUAUCAGUCAUUACCUCGAUCGAGGACAUCCAAUUGCUGUUUGUACAGACGACACCCUCCCCUUUCGCACUUCUCUCACUGCCGAAUACGCUCUACUCCUCGCCCUGCCCCCGCUUGGGCUCGGUCUGACGAGGGAAGAGGUACAGAAGGUCGCAGAGGGAAGUAUCAACGGGUCGUGGAUGACAAGUUAAAAGUGCAGGAACUCAUCCGUCCGUUAUGUAACCCAUCCAACUGUGGCCUCCGGCUUCAGGAACCAAUUCUGACUGACCAGGACUGACCCCAAGAAAAUUCACUGAAUAUAAGGCGCCCUCAUGAUAUACAUAUAUAUGCACGGGCCAAACGACAGUGAGUUUAGACUUCGCUAGUACUUCGCUGGUCCAGGAUUCCAUCGAUCACGCAUGUAUGUAAAUGAUGUUUCAAGUUAAGUUUACAAUUGAACCCACCCACUUCGCAAAUUUGGAUGGGGUACUGUCGUAUUUGCCUGAACGCGUCGGUUUGCGGUUCUUGGAGGCGGCACUGCAGAAAAGAAAGUAUAUU